GUCAGAAGCUUUGCGGAAGUGUGUGAAACAGGAGUCAUAUGACCAGACAGUAACAGCCGGAGAAAAUGGUGUCGAGAUAUGAAUAAAAUCCUCUGGACACGGUGACUAACAUCCACAACCCGCACGAUGGAGGAGAUUAAAGUGUCUCCUGACUAUAACUGGUUCAGAAGCACAGUGCCCCUGAAGAGAAUUAUUGUUGAUGAUGAUGACAGUAAGGUGUGGUCACUGUAUGAUGCAGGUCCCAAGAGCAUCAGGUGUCCCAUCAUCUUCCUCCCUCCAGUCAGCGGGACAGCUGAAGUGUUCUUCCAGCAGGUGUUGGCUCUGACAGGCUGGGGCUACAGAGUAAUCUCGCUGCAGUAUCCUGUCUACUGGGAUCUCAUGGAGUUCUGUGAUGGCUUCAGGAAGCUUCUGGAUCACCUGCAGCUAGAUAAAGUCCAUCUUUUCGGGGCAUCUCUGGGAGGAUUCUUGGCUCAGAAGUUUGCAGAGUGCACACACAAGUCUCCCCGAGUUCACUCACUGAUCCUGUGUAAUUCCUUCAGCGACACCUCUAUCUUCAACCAGACAUGGACGGCUAACAGCUUCUGGUUGAUGCCUGCUUUCAUGUUAAAGAAGAUUGUUCUGGGGAACUUUGCUAAAGGCCCUGUUGACCCUAAAAUGGCAGAUGCAAUCGACUUCAUGGUUGAUAGGUUGGAGAGUUUGAACCAAAGUGAGUUAGCAUCGCGGCUGACACUCAACUGUCAGAACUCUUAUGUGGAGCCACACAAAAUAAAAGACGUUGCUGUCACCAUAAUAGAUGUGUUUGAUCAGAGCGCUCUGUCACUGGAGGCCAAGGAGGAGAUGUAUAAACUGUAUCCUAACGCCAGACGAGCUCAUCUGAAAACAGGGGGAAACUUCCCUUAUCUGUGCAGGAGCGCCGAGGUCAACCUCUACAUACAGAUUCACCUGCGUCAGUUCCACGGGACUAGAUAUGCCGCUAUCAGUCCCGACAUGGUGAGCUCUGAGGAGUUGGAGGUGCAGGAGAGUCACCUGAGCAGUAACCAGGACUCUGAAGAUGACCAAUGAGACAACGUUUACCUGACAGCUAUUUGCUCUGAACAUUUCCAACAGUUUCUCUGUAUCAUUUCACAGGUUGUUCUCCAGAUUUUCUGUGGAAUUCAGUGAGUCAACUGAGAAUAUUUUUAUUGGAUAGAUGAAGCAAUAUUUUGAUAACCACCUGUAAAUAAAUGUAAAUGGCCGCUUUGCUUAAAAAAAAAUACAACACCUUGCCUUAUGUAGGCCCUGUUCAGAUCCUGCACAUGUGUCUUGGGUGAUUAGAGGACAGCUCUAAGCAUGUUUGUUCACACCUGGCAAAGAGCAAAUUAAUUUUUUUAACAGACAGGAAGCAGCGAUACACUUCCUUUGUCAUGGACAAAGCCAGCUUACAGAGUUUGUGUGACAUGUAUUUGUUUAUGAAUAUGUACACAUAGAAUGUGUACAUAUACAUACACUCAUAUUACACAGAGGAUGUCAGUUGAGUAGAUCCUUCAGUGUGACCUGGGAGAUUUGUGUUCACACUUCUAAAGAAAUGUGGUCAUAUUCAGCCCAGUCCACCUCUAAAUGUGGUCUGAGCGAUUGGAUCCAAAAUGCGUCCUCACUGUGUGUUGGGUGUGUGCACAUCUGAACUUAAGCUGUCCAUUUCUGAUGGGAUCACCUGAGAUGAAUGUUAAUGCCAGGUCUGAACAGGGCCGUAGAAUGACUCUGAUUACUUGUUGCACUCAUAAACUGCCCGAACUGUUUGUGUCUAUGUGUGAAAUAUGAUGUGGUUAAUACUGCCAGCAGUGAACUGGUUCCUGUUGACAGAGAGAUGAACACACUGGUUAAAGUGGUUAUGGAGAGACAUAUAUCUGAAAGUCUGUAUAAUUCAAAAAUAAAAUAAAAUGUCAUUUUCCAUUUCUUUUGGAACCUUUACAUAAAAUUUUUUAAUUUAAUCUUG